GACUCAGCCUCUGGCUGAGAGCUGAGAUCCUUACCUAGAGAAAGAUAAACCUAACUCACAGACAGCUCCCCUCACUGUCCAUCAGCUGUGACUGUGGCGAAGAGGACCACUGAGGUCAUAGGUGGAGAGCCAGGGGUUUGAAAAGAGAAAGGUGAAAGUCCCAUUUUGAAUCCAGGAUUGCCUUUCCUGGACUGGACUGCCCAGGAACUUCACUGGCAAUGUGAUUAAUAGGGCCAAACUGACACCGCCAGUGUGCUGGGAACUGGCUAAGGACGUGACCCUGGGUGUUCUACUGAGGAACCUAGGGACAGGAUUGGAAUAACGUGGAGCCCCAGGGUGAGCCUGUCACACAUUUCUCUGUUGUAUGAGGAUUGGCUGGAAGUGGAUCCUUGGGUAUCCAUACCACUAGGAUGGAGAGAGGCGAGUCUCUAACCCUCUUCUGGAGCCGGGGAGCUGCAGCUAACUCGGGUCGGGAAAAUGCGACAGCGACUGCCCACUCGAGGUCGUCAUGGCGACAGCCAGUGAACGUGUUCCUCUCCUCGGGCAGGCCCCCGAGUGUAGAGGAACUGCUUCGCGAGGCGCAGCUCAAUCUCCAGAGCCUGUUGCAAGAAGAGUAUGAGGAACAGUAUUCGGAGGCCAGACUUCUGGGGCAGACCUUCCGCUCUUCUGAUGAGGCCCCUGAGCCUACUCCCAGUCCAAGGCCCCAGUCUGCCAAGCGUCUGGAGUUUGUAUUGAUGCCUGCAAACCGGCAGCUGAGCGAGGAUGAGACCACGACCCAGGGUGUGAGGGCCCCCGAGGCCUGCCUGAGCCUGUCUACUGCCAACAAGCAAACUGCCUGGAAUGACCCCUUCCCUCUACCCAUCCUAAAGGAGAAGCUCUGGCUUCAGCCCUGCUCCACUCAGUCUGACCUUGUGCCAAUCAACAUCUCUGGGCAGCAGUUUGAUAGACAUGCAAGUUUUCGACACUCGUUGUUUAACACAGAGACAGCCGUGAACCCCAAAUCCACCCUGAGGCGGAGGCGGACCAUUAUUGGAUUCUCUAACUUUUCUCAGCGAGACCAAGGUCACAUCAGCAGCCCCACAGACAGCCUGGCCCGCUCUGCCACCGCAGACUUCAGGCCUGGCCACUCAGCUCCACAAGUUGUCCAGGGAAGAGUCGCUAUUGGGCAGGAAGCUCGGUUCCCAAGUCUCACCUCACCAGGACUGAGACACUCUUCUAGUGAGCCCGGAGACACUCACCAGGCACUCAGUGGCUCAGACCCUCCCGGCAUGGAGAGCAUGGCAGUGGUGUACAGUGUCCCCAGUUCUUGCAACGGACCAACAGAGUCAACAUUCUCCGCUACCUGGAAGGGAGAUGCUUUCACAUACAUGACCCCAAGUGUCAGCAGCCAGGGCAAUCAAGUCGGUGAAAAUGGAAAAAACCCUUCCUCGGGGAAUUCUUGGGUCCCUCUGAACACACUCCCACCGCUGGUUCCUAAGGAGGCGGCCACACUCUUCGUCAGCCGUGAUAACCCAGCAGGAUGCACUGGCCUACCCAGCUACUCUGAACACCCCACUCUUCGAAGACAGAUACCAGAAAGACCUCCCAAGAUUGGCCUUCUUGCCCGUGGUACCUCAAGGCUGGAAACAGGCCCAGGUGGGACCAACAGGUUCCGGGAGCGGUCACUGUCUGUGCCUACAGACUCCGGUGUUACUUCAGUGGACUAUGAAGAACAACAGAAGGCCAGUGAGGCCCGCAUCCUGCCUUAUGCCAGUACAAGCUCUGAGGGCAGUAACAGUACUGACAACAUUGCGGCCCUCAGCUCUGAGCAGGAGGCACGGCACAGAAGGCAACGAUCCAAAAGUAUUUCACUCAAGAAGGCCAAAAAGAAGCCCUCUCCACCCAUGCGAAGUGUCUCACUCGUCAAAGAUGAGCCAGCCCUCCCACCAGAAGGCGAAUUGGUACUGCCCAAGGACCAGCGGCCCAGGAGCCUUUGCCUCUCCUUGGAACACCAAGGGCACCAUCCACCUCACCCAGACACUCAAAGUCACCCAGCUGUGCCAAUACUCAAAGAUCCAGAAGGUACGCAGUUCUCUCACCACUGGUAUCUUACUGACUGGAAGUCUGGUGACACCUACCAAUCCUUGUCGAGCUCCAGCACUGCCACCGGCACCACAGUCAUCGAGUGCACUCAAGUUCAGGGAAGCUCGGAGUCUCUGGCCUCCCCUUCCACCUCCAGAGCGACAACACCCUCCCAGCUCUCCAUUGAGGUGGAAGCCAGGGAAGUAGCCUCCCCUGGGAGGCCCACUGGACUCAUGUCCCCUUCCAGUGGUUACUCCAGCCAGUCAGAGACACCCACACCCACCGUCUCCAUGUCCUUGACCCUGGGCCACUUCCCUCCUCCAAGCACUAGUGUCCGAGUACGUCCAGUGGUACCAGAAAGGAAGUCAUCACUGCCCCCAACAUCACCAAUGGAGAAAAUCUGCAAGUCGCGGUUAUCAUUUGACCUACCCCUGACCUCUUCAACCACCCUGGAUCUGUCAGGCAUGAGUAUCUCCAUUCGCAGCAAAACCAAGGUGAGCCGCCAUCACUCUGAUACCAAUUUUGGGGCCAAACUGGCACAGAAAACUAGUCCAAACCAACCGAUCAUGCCCAUGGUUACUCAGUCUGACCUCCGUUCUGUUCGUCUGAGGUCAGUCAGCAAGUCUGAGCCGGAAGAUGACAUUGAGAGCCCAGAUUACACAGAGGAACCUGGAGCAGAAGAAGUCUUCACCUUGUCAGAGAGAAAAGUGAAGCCUCCCAUAGCCGAGAAACCUCCACUGGCCCGAAGGCCUCCAAGUUUGGUCCACAGGCCGCCCUCUCUCCCCGGGGAGUAUCCACUAACUUCUCCUACUAUGGCUAUGACACCCAGGAGCUCCAUUCCACACAUGAAGCAGCUCCCCCAAGACAGCUACACAGUGUUGCGGAAACCAAAGUCACCCAGCUUCCCUGGUGGGAGGAGCCCCGGAGAGUCAACAGCGUCCUCCAGCCAAGUCUUCUCACCUCUUGCCAGUUCCUCUGGUGCUUUCUUCUCAGGAACACAGCAACCUCCCCAGGCCAGUGUAGAAGACGGGGGCCCCAAGGCAAGAGCCCUGCCUGAAAGAAUCAGCCUUCAGAGCCAGGAAGAAGCUGAAAAAAAGAUGACCAAGAUUCCACCUCCGGUACCAAAAAAGCCCAGUGUGCUCUACCUGCCCCUCUCCUCCCCUGUAGCUCAAAUGGAUGCCUCUGUGACAGAGCCAAGGCUGCCUUUCAGCCCUAUCAUCACCCUGGAGGAAGAUGCCAAGUGUCCUUCCACUGGUGAUGACCAGAAGUCACCUGCUAAAAGGGUGACUCCAACUCUUCACAUUGACAAAGAAAAAGAGGCCAUCUCUCCAGGGAGGUCUGUGGAACCGAGUGCCGAAGAGAAAAGUUUAAUCAGUGAUAAAACAGCCGAAUGGAUUGCAGAGGAGGAGGAUGACGUGUUUGUGGCUUCCCGCACAACUGAAGAUUUAUUUACUGUGAUACACAGGUCCAAAAGAAAGCUACUGGGCUGGAAAGAGACUGGGGAGGGCUUCACAGGAAGCAGACCCAGCUCCCAUUCACCAGUGAAGAAUACAGCUGAUUCUCCCACCGGUGAGUCUGCUGCUGCCCCAGGGCCAAGCGGCAGUGCCUGCCUCGAUGCUGGUAGAAAUGAUGAUUUCAAGGCCUUGCUUCAGAAGAAGGGAAGUAAGGCCACUCCCAGGACCCGCCCCUCAGCGGCUGAGCUGCUGAAGACCACUAACCCUCUGGCUCGAAGAAUUAUUGCACAGUUCUCAAAAGACUACGAACCCACUGACAACCCCAGUACCUAAGCCCUGCUUCUUACUUACUAGACCUGAGUAGAGAAGGGGGAAGACAGAGGGCUUUAGAAAGGAACCAACCACAAGAAAAACAAAAGAAUCGAUGUCUUUGAUGUUAACUCACACUCUGGACAGCAGAGAGGACCACACCACAAUGGAGCUCACCGGGCACUCAGAUAGGCUUCAGACUGUCCACAUUUCUAUUCUACCAUCCUUGUCAUGACUGGGCAUCGGAGUCCUGCUUCUUGUCUCCCGCCACUGUGCACUAAGAGAGCCUCAGAUUGGAGAGCUUGUAUGCCCCCUUUUCCAUGUCCUAGCUUCUUUGUCCAUUGGCUCCUGUCACUGAGACGCACAGUAGGGAGAACAGAUUGGGGACUUCCAAACCAGGCCUGGGGACAGAGGGUACCAGUUCCACUGCUGAUUAUCUACUCUCUUGAAGAGGCCUUGAUGGCCCUUUGUGAAGACACAGAAAGACACCAAGGCCUCCUCAACCACAGUGUGACUUUCCUCCAGAGAGAGUUCUACAGGCCUGCACUAAUUACAGCAUGGGGUUGGUUGGAUGGCUUUCGUGGUGCAAAAUAUGAAUGUGACUCUUCCAAAACUUCAUGCCUUUUUCAGUUUGAUUGUCUAUGCGGAGAUCAGGGUGAUGAGUUUUAAUAAACUUCUAGGACCCCCCCCCCCCCGUUAGCUAGAAAAGAUGGGACUGGGUAGUGUUGACUGAACCAAGCUCAGCAAAUGAAUGAGACAUUUGUUCACUCAAAUCUAGCCAAGGUAACUCGCAUGCACGCCUUGAGGUCUCUCGAGCGUCUGUCAACUUGGGUAGCCAGGAUCUGUGCCCAGCUCAUGCUGUAUACUCCAAGAACUCUCAUCUUACUUGCAUGUAACAUUCAUUACAGGAAGUGUGUAGGUGAAGGACUGACAUAAUCGAAGACCCCAGGAGUGGAAAGUAAGUGUGUCUUGUCCUGAUACCAUUCGAUUCAGAUUGUGCAGUUUGUUUUUUGUUUUUUGUUUUUUUGUGGUUGCUUGGAUUUUGUUUAAAAGAACUCUGACUCCUUCAAAUGUCAAGAACCUGUAUACUGAAAAAAAAAAAAAAGAUCUACUCAAAAUCAAAAGGGCAGCCUUGCUAUGGCCCAGAAUACAAAGGGCUACUUUUUGCCAUCUAGGUACUGCUAUUUGGCCAACUUUCAUUUCGCUGUGGUGGAGGACAGCAGAGGAGCUAAGAUCUAUAGAAUGCGGAAAGACUUCCGGAACAUGCUUUGCAAAAACAAACAAACAACAACAACAAAAAUGGUUCCCUGACCCCUUCCUUCUGUACCCCCGCCUCCUGCACCUCUGCCCUACCAGAUUCCUUGCUUACUCUCCUGCAGGAUGCAGCAAGAGGCCAGAAACAAGCAGAUCUCCAUUUUGAUAAUACUUCUCAAUGAGAAUCAAGCUCUUAGCUCAACUGCCCACACUCCAGCAAGGCAACGUGGCUGAAACUGAAAUAAAACUCCACUGAGUGCUGAGAAGACUCAGGCCCCUGGCAUGGAAGCCUUAGGCUGAAAUCCUUGGUUGGGUUGGUCUAAUUCUGAAUUCUAGACAAAUGAAAAUAAGUCAAGCUCAUCAACUGUCUUCUAGCACUCCUCUCAGAUUAAAAAAAAAAAGGUCUCUUAAAUAAUAAGACAGUUCUGAGGAACUAUAGUUGUUUUUGGAAGUGUUUAAAACAUUUGACAUGAAGAUCUUAACCAAGUUUCAUUAGUUUUGACUGAAUUUAAACAAGAGUCAGGCAGGAAUGUGGUAUACAGUUUUAAUCCCAGCACCUGGAAGAUGGAGCCAGGCAUAUCUCUGUGAGGCUGAGGCCAGCCUGAUCUACAUCCAGGCUGCCGAGGCUACAUAGUGAGAUCUAGACUUCAGUCUUGGCCUUAGUUUAUAUAGAAGUAUCACAGCUGACCUGAACUCAGAACUCCAACAGACAGAGGCAUUUUCCUCUGUAGGGAAAUGAAGGUGCACAAGCCUGUGCUUGUGUCUAACAGAAGCAAAAGGCUCCCUGGCUCUGCUCCUCAGAACCAUUGUGAAUUGUUGAACGUGUGAGCAUAUGGGACUCUGUAUAGGGCUUGCUGCUUUUGCUGAUUUUUUUUUUGCAAGUGUCUUGUUUGUUCCUUCUCAUGGGUUUUGCCUCUCCCCCCACCUUGCUACCUCUGGAGGUGUCCCCCAAAAGAUUGUAAAACUGAAUGCUUAGACCGCUUGAGGUGGUUUCAGUUGCCUGAACCCUUGCUUUCCUCUGCAAAACUCUGUGGGCCUGGGAUGUUUAGAACAUUUCUGCAUCACUAUGACCCUCAGAAACCCAUUAGCACAAGAGGGUUUGGGGCGGAGACUUCACAGUCAAAGAACAGACUUAGGCCUGGGAGUGUCCUAAGAAAACCAAAUUAUUGGGGAAAAAAUCUACCAGUCAUUGGUCAGCACAACACCAAGCUUCUUUCUAAUAUUUAACUUUCUCCUAUCCUUAACAUCAUAAACACCAACUCUCUUCCCUGGGUACAAUGUGUGCUGCCUUCGAGGCUGGGGAUAGAGUUGGUUAGAAACCCCUUUUAGGGAGAUUCUCUGGGAAGUUGCUUCCAGAGUAAUCUCUAUGGGUGGCAUACACAAUAAGCUGGAGGGAAAUCAAUUUGGCCCCAAUUAGUCAGCCUCUGCUUCAAGCUAUUUGUAUUCACACACACACACACACACACACACACACACACACACCCCGCUGUUUCCCUCCAGCUCCAAUCUUUAGUGGCAGGUGUCUCUGUUAGAGUGAAUAUAGUCAAGGGUUGGUGAGACGACUCCCACCCCAACUCCAAGAUGCAGUUAAUGCUUUGCGCUUGGUGGGUAUAUAUUCGUGGUUCAAAUGUGAGUGGCGGAGAGCAGGCUAGUCUUAGUACAAAGGCUGACUUUGCUUGUGGCUCACCUCCCCCCUUUGCCUGUACUCCUGACCUGCAUGGGCCUCCAACCUGCCCUACAGUCCUAACACCCGUGAACUGCACUGGUACCAACAGCUCAACCACAAAGGAGUCAAGGCCAUGGGCAGCCAAUUCAUUCCCGUUAGCUUCAUGACCACAAGGUUCAGGUUCCACCAACAAGCAUUCUGCCUGACAUCUACUUUAUCUAGACAACACAGGUCCAGUUGUCUCUGUAACUUGUCACUCUGAGCAGAUCUACCCAUGCACCUGUCCCCCUCCCUUUGAACCAGUCAGGAAAAAAAAAAAAGACUAGUUAUCUAUCACUCAGUGCUGUUGCUCACUGCUCCGCCCUCUAUGUUCACCAAGUCUGUGGCACAAUGGUGAGCUUUUCCUUUGAUAUGAUUUGCCAGGGCCAGGACUAGGGUGAGGCGAUUGGGGAGACGCCCACUCUCAAGGCCCCACCAGUGCCUUACCCUUGCCGUGGCUCUGCAAUUUGCACUCUGUAAAGUUGUAUCAGUUACUCUUCCUGAGUGUAGUUGUGAUUUGGGGGCAGGUUCUGCACCAAAUGUUUCUUUGCUGUUUCUCCAUUUGUUGCCAGAAGCCUUUGUAUGCUUAAAGCAUUAAAAAAAUCUUAAGUAUUAUCACAAGCAUGUCUAAAUGGCCUGCUCCAGCUGGCAAAUUAGUGCCCUGGUUGGGAGGAAUACUAUGGCUGGAGCCCUUUUACAGUUAGUUGGGGGUCUGCCCCUGUGACCUUCUGUCUGGUCUUUCUGCUUCAUGCUCUCUUGUAGUCCUUGUGGCCCAGCACCGAUUCUCCUCAGUGCCUCCUUCUUUGUUCUCCUCCUAAGAAGAAAACACGCUCUCAGGAAAGGGAUGAAUUCAUUGGCUUUGAGACCGGGAGGCUUAAUGCUACCUUUUCUGAGGGUUGCUUGCAUUUGAAUAGGGGAACAGCCUUAAGCCAAAGGAACGAAGUUCUUGCAGAAUGUUAGGCAUCAACUACUUGUACAAGUUCUUUUUCACCACGGAAAGACCACACUUCCUGACAGCUGACUCCGGAGUAUAGAAAAUACCAUUUUCUCCUGGAAUCAUUGUAGUUAGUAGCUGAUGGUCAAUUAUCUAGCUAAUAGCCCUGUGCUGUUUUCCUACAAGGGACUCUGAGAUAAAGCUACGUUAAAAGCCUCUGAGAAGGCCUGUAUCAGUCAUUCAUAUUGUACAUUAACAUGUUUGUGGAAAUGGGAUUAAUACUACUUGCCGUUUAGGUAAACGACACAAAGAUUUAAGGAGUUUGUGAAAUGUGUCCUGUUUGUGCAAGGUGACUCUGUUGAAUCCGUUUCUUACUGAUGUCAGUUGUCCAAUAUCAGUGGUGGUUAUUGAAUUGGUUGGAGGUACAGUUACUAAGCACAGGCCUCCACUCCCCCUCCUGCCAUUUUGUCUCUGCUUUGUGCCAUGACUCUUCCUUGGUGUGAGAAUGAGACCUUAUCUAACCCAGAGCCCCCAGUCCCUUCAAUGCCUUUGCAUGUAUUUCAGCUCUAAGUGACCAAGAUAGUAGGAAUUUAAAAGGACAAGAGAGUAGGAAAGAGGUACAAAAUAGUGCCUUUGUCAAAGGUCAGAAAAACAGUACAAUGAUUUUUAAAUUACAUCAAAUAAGCCAAGUCAAAUGAUUUUAAAAUAUUUUGAAAUCAACUUAUGGAGGACUAUGGUGGUAAGUGGUUUUGACACACAUGUUAGAGGCACUUUAAUAAGUCUAGCAAAAAGAAAUUUGCCUAAUGAGGAUUGUGUGAAAUAAGUAGAUACUUUUGUUCAGUAAAAGCCCAAAUCUAGGCCACUGGUUCUUAAAGUGUGAUCUUGGAACCACCAAGAGCAACAUAUGAGAGAGAAGAAGGGGGAGGAGAGGGAAAGAGAGGGGAGGGGGAUAGAAAGAGAGAUGACUCCUUUAAGCCCCCCCCCCCAAAUCAGCAGAACCACGCCUCUCCAACAAGUCUCCAGUCUUUCCUACUGUUAUGGUCAUCCGUCUCUGGCAAAGAGGCAUGUGUGUGGAUCAUCUUGGUCAGCUACAUGUCUGCUCCGUGUUAAGAAAUUGCCAGAUUGAAUCGGGUCCAUCUGGCCUGGUUUGGGACAGUGGUGGCGGCAGUGGUUCUGUUUGAUAUUACUAGCCCUUAAGUAAAUGUCCUCACCAUGGUGGCUUUUCUCCAGGAGGGCUCUAGCAGAUUUGAUUUUUUCUUUGAGGUUCUGUUUAAUCUAAGAAGUGUGGCAUUUGAUAGUAUUGACCUCCCCCCUACAGGGAAUCAAAUGAACACCAGAACCAGAGCAACCAGUUAACCCCCCUCAGCCUCUUCAUAAUGCUAAGCUUUAUAGAAAUGUAUUCCUUAUGUGGUCUUGAGAUUUUCUAUGUCCGAUUUUAUAAGAUGUUCUGCAUGCAAACACAACAUUGUGGUCACCGUACCAGUCACCUCGAAGCCAUUCCUCCUCCAUGUGUGUACUGGUGAAGAAAUACCAACAUGUAUGUUCUAAUGUUUUCUGAUCAACUGUAAAUUACAUUUUCAUUAAUUUUUAAAUGAGAUAUAUUUACUCUGGCUAGCAGUUAAAAUUUUAUUCUUUUUAUUAUCUUUCAUUGCUACUUUUUUCUACUGACUCCAAGGCUUACUUUGGGGGGGUGGGAUUUCUUAUUUCUAGAUUGAUGUAAUUCUCUUAUUUCUAUAUUUAUCUAUGAUCACAGAGUGUAAGAGCUGAAAGGGACCAACCUUUCUCGUUUCGUAGAGGAAAUUAAAGCCCAGAAGGGUCAAUGGCUCACUGAAGGUCACACAAUGAGUCUGAAGCAGGGCCCAGCCUCAAUUCUAGGUCCCUGGCUUCUGGGAUGAAUGUCUUGUCAUUUAAAGCACUAUAUUUAUGAAGGACCCAUGACUGGCUUCUAUUUGUCUGACUCAUUAGUUUCCCGGGUAUUUCAGACAAAAAAAAAUCUAUAUGCUUUAAGGGAACAUGCGCAAGCGUUCUUUAGUUUAUAAAUCCAAAGAAAAUCUGGUUUUUAGUUUAGAAAUGCAUCUCCCUCCAAUGUUUGCUAUCUGUGCCCUACUUCAUACAGGGGAUGUUUUUCCUAAAAGCUAUGUGGAAAAAAUGAUUUGUAUAGAAUAAGUUUCAUUUUUAGUAGGAAAGUUUCCCUAUGUAAGGGAAUCUUCUAGGGGCUUCUUUUGGAAAAACAAAACUUUUCUUGUCAUUUGUUCUUUAAGGUCUUUAAUUACUUAUUAGUCUGAAUUUUUGUACUUGCUGUUUAUUUAAAGUAGGGCAAACCAGUGUUAGCUUUCCCAGAAUUUACUAGAACCUUGCCUUCCUAAUCUUUUUGUGAAAUCUUCAGACUGUGACAUGCUUAUGAACUACUCAAUUAUGUUCUAGAAACUUCACCUUAUUUGAUAUUUUACCAAUCCCUGGGCUCAAAUUCCUCCUUUGUCUGAACAGAUAAUAACAGAGCUCCCUAAUCAGUACUUAUUUCUACACGUGGUCUCUUUUUCCAGAGCAUUUGCCAGUAUUCCUCCUUUAGCCAUCUCAGGCCUCCCUCCAUAAAUCACACAUACCUCACUGUCCUCUGGACCCGCAGGUACUAUACCUUCAGGGUUAUGCUGGUUAUGUUGAGCAAUAUUUCCAGUUACUUCCAUGCUCUCAUUCCCCUUGGAUCUCCUCUGACUUCCAGGCUCAAUGAACUUCUCUCACCAGAGAUUCAUGGGUUUUUUUCCCAUUGUUUCAGGAAAUCAAUAAACUUUUUUUUCUACAAAGGGCCUGGGAAUAAGUAUUUUAGAUUUUUGUGGGUCAGAUAUGGUUUCUGGAACAGAGUCUUUGUGUGUGUGUGUGUGUGUGUGUGUGUGUGUGUGUGUAGUUGUUCAUUCAUUCACUUGUUUUACAACCUUUGGAACAUAUGAAAAUCAUUCUCAACUCACAGGCCAUGAAAGGCUGAGCCCUGACCCACACUACCUUUUCUGUAACUAGCCCCAUGUGUAAAGUGGGUGAGGGCAAGCACGAUGCCUCAGCAUGUACAGGUGCCUGCCACCAAGCCUGAUCUAAGUUGGAGUAGAACCCACGGGUAGAAGACAGUCAACUCCUGCAAAUUGUCAUCUGACCUCUGCACAUGUUCAAACACACAUGUUCACACAUACAAAUAGAUAAAUGUAAUAAUUUACAAAGGUUUUUUUGUAAGUGAGUCUUGUACUAAAGGCUGUCACUAACUGCCAUCAGACCAGUCUGUCCACAUUGGGACAGGCACAGGUCUACACAUGACAGUCUUUCUCUGUGUCCCCCUGUCACAUAUAUUGAUACAGAACACCUUAUUUCCUUGUGUGGAUCUGUUCUAUUCGUUGUCUCUGUUUGCCCAAGAUUGGGGUAAACUGGUAGGAAAGUCUACUUAGAACUUUUGUCCUGUCCUUGCUCUCCCUGUCUUGGGCCACCUGUCAUAUCCCACACUGCUAUCACCAGUUUAGGGUGCUGUCAUUCAAAAGUCUUAUAGAACAUGCUAUAAGAUUCCACUUCAGUUUACAAUUUCCUGGAAAAAUUGCCAACUUCCUGGGUCCAUAGGCUUGUUUUCAAACCCAUAAUACACACAUAUCUCUGUCCUAAUGCACUGGACAGCAUGGAACCCCAGUAAAGAAAUGAGGUGCAGGAAAUAUUUGUGCCAAUGUCUCCUGCCUCCUGAGUCCCCAUGCCCUAGAGUGCAUCAUCCCACUCCUCCAACCAAUAGGCACCUAACACGCCAUUUCCUGUUUUCUUAACUCCUUCCUCUGUCCUGCUCCUAUCCUACCCCUUCCACUUUCAAGAACUGGAGUUCAGAUUCACAGUUCUCACGUGUGCUGUAUGCACCAGUGGCUGCAAAUGUUGGAAACCUAUGGGAGUGUGCUUUCUGCUUCUGGCUGUGAAUUGGACCGGAGUGUGUGCAUAACAUCUCAUUGGUCCUCUGCUUCAGGACCAGAUCUCAUGAGAGUGGUUAAGGAAGGGAAUGGCAGAGAGAAGGGUCCUAAGGCAUCACUUUCUUUCUUGGAGAGCUUUUUUGCAUUAGCUUGUACUAGCUGGUUCCUCUGUAUCAUUCCCAGGCAGGACAGCAUCCACAGUCAGGAUUUUUAUUUCAUGUGGACUUAAGUUACUGGGACACAAAUGUGGCUUUUCAAACUCAACAGACUAUCUUCUUAGGCCCUUUAGCUUCAUUUCUGUCAUUUGAGCCCAGAGAUCCACCUCUUUCCUGAAAUCUAAAUUUUCAAACAUCAGAAUCGAGUAACUUUCAAGCACCCAUGAAAUGAUUCAUUUCUGCCUUCUGUUUAAGAUUUCCAGAAGUAGGAAGGAAAGGAAAAGCAGGUUGUGCCUUGGACCCAAGAGGAGCCCAAAAGCAGAGUGAGGACUAAGAACUGGUCAGUCCUGCUGUGCAGCCCUGGUACAGUUGUGUUGGGUUAGUGCUGCACUCGGUGCUCCUGGGCCCACUAUGCCCUGAAGACAAAUGCCAGAUGGGAAUGUAUGGACUGAUGGCCUGCCCUGAAAGGCAAGGGUAAUGCCCACCCCAGGGGUGGGGUGUGUCCUGGAUUCCCAUUCCAGAAGCAGGAAGUAGGAGAGAUCACAAACCCAGUCUUUGUAGGAUUCCAACACAAGCUAAAAGAGAGCUCUCUGUGCGGUGAUAUUACAAAGUGGUUUGUUGCUUUUCUUUUUUGUUUCAUUUUGUUUCGUUUUUAAGAUUCCUUACUGGCUUGCUACCAGCAAUUGAAUUGUAUUAUUCUUUGUAGAGCUAGAGCUGUUUGUUGUCUUCUUAAAAAAUAAACCUUUUUUCUGUUA